UUGAUAUCUUAUUGGCUUAAUGUAAUAAGGUGGCGUAAGCCCGAAGGUAUCUUUAUGUUUGUUACUAUUCUUGUAGUCAUCAUCAAUAAUCAUUCUUAUUGGCUCUUUAACUUUGUUAUCAGAAAAUUUGAUAUCCCAAAUUGGAAUUAAAGCAUGGGGUGAGAAAGCUAGAAGUAUAAAAGAAAAUUAUAUUUGAUUAUGUAAAGUUUGCUAAUGAAGGUAUUUUGCUAUUAGUGUGUGACCAAGUGUGUGAAAAGUUAGGCCAUAAUGCAGAAUUGCAGACUUAAAACCACAUGAUUCAUGCAAUGAACUGCAACACGUACCGCCACGAGAAGCUGUAAUUGAGUGGUAACAUGGAAUUUCUAGGUAAUUGUUCUUGGCGAAUUGGAUUAUUAGCUGGAAUUAAUAGUAAUGACAAUUUCAAAGUAUAUAAGAGGAUUAGAGCUGCGUAGUUCAAACUGUCCAGAUAAGCAUUAAAAGUUUCGGCGGUAAGUUACGGAUAUUUCAUUCUUUAAUGAACUUAGAGUGAGCAAACUAAGCAUCCUUGUUUGUCUAAAAUGGAUAUUCUUAACAGACGAAAGCUUUGCUAGAUCCUCUGUUUUAACUUCCUCCUCCCCAAUGAACAGUUGCGUAAAGCAUAUUACAGAAUAUUACUCCCAUUAUUUAGUUUCUUUGGGGGUUUGCUUUUGGUCUUUCCCUGGCACCAGAUCGGCUUUCGUCCCCUUGCGAUUGGCCAGCCUCAAAAAAUAUUUCUGAUGGUUCAUUUUGAAGUUGGAACAAUUACUUGUAAAUUGUUAUAUUACGGAAAGUAGUGGCUGAUCAGCAGCCGGCACUAACAGUGUGACACUGUCCUGUUCUUUCUCUAUAUAAUUGGUUAAAUGGUUCCUUCGAGUGGAAAGCAUUAUCCUUUCAUGUAAAUUCUCAAGAUUCAAGACAUGGAUAUAGUCAUCUCUCGUGGAUCUGAUCAUAAUCUUCUGACAAGUUCAGCUGAAAACCACGAGGCAACAAUCCUGAAAGAAAGGCAAUCUCUGAAACCAACAUUUUUUGCUUGCAUUGGUGCCCAUGAGUUUUCCUUACCAGAGGUGUGGAAGGCAGCACUGACAGAGUUGGUGGCGACUGCUUCACUAAUGUUCACAUUAACCACAUCCAUUGUCUCCUGCUUGGACUCGCACGAGACUGAUCCCAAGCUUCUAGUCCCAUUUGCAGUCUUUAUUAUUGCCUUUCUCUUUCUCAUGGUGACAGUUCCUCUUUCAGGUGGACACAUGAGCCCUGUUUUUACAUUCAUUGCUGCCCUCAAGGGCAUCAUAACUCUGGCACGAGCUUCCAUCUACAUCUUGGCGCAGUGUGUAGGCUCAAUAAUAGGAUUUCUCAUACUCAACAGUGUGAUGGACCAUGAUGCAGCAAAAAGGUAUUCCCUGGGAGGCUGUACCAUUAAUGGAAAUGGGUCAACGUCCGGAAUAAGCCCUGGAACUGCACUAAUUUUAGAAUUUUGCUGUACUUUUUUGGUGCUCCUUGUUGGUGUAACAACAGCAUUUGACAAGAGAAGAAGCAAAGAACUAGGCUUACCAAUGGUUUGUGCUGUGGUAGCAGGGGCCAUGGCAGUGGCAGUUUUUGUGUCCAUUAGUGUGACUGGGCGGGCCGGCUACGCAGGGGUGGGCCUUAAUCCUUCAAGGUGCUUAGGCCCGGCCUUAUUGCUGGGAGGUCAGUUAUGGGAUGGGCAUUGGGUGUUUUGGGUUGGACCUUGUUUUGCUUGCAUCAUUUAUUAUUCUUUCACCAAGGGCUUACCGAAAGAAGGCUUGGUUUGGGAAGACGGAGAGCGUGACGUUGUGAAAUUGGCCGCACCUGCACUUUGUUGUUGGGGGUCUAUAACUCAAGUCAAUGGGGAGGGUUUGUGAAUUUUGACACUGAUGGAGGUUAAGUUC